AUGUUUGAAUGCCUAAAUCAGCCUGUUCAGAGCCUUUUAUCUCUGUUCUUUAUCUAUCUAUCUAUUAGCGUCUCAUUCAUAUCUAUCUAUCUAUCUAUCUAUCUAUCUAUCUAUCUAUCUAUUGCAGUCUCAUUCAUAUCUAUCUAUCUAUCUAUCUAUCUACUGCAGUCUCAUUUAUAUCUAUCUAUCUAUUUCAGUCUCAUUUAUAUCUAUCUAUCUAUUGCAGUCUCAUUCAUAUCUAUCUAUCUAUCUAUCUAUCUAUCUAUCUAUCUACUGCAGUCUCAUUUAUAUCUAUCUGUCUAUCUCUCUAUCUAUUGCAGUCUCAUUCAUAUCUAUCUAUCUAUCUAUCUAUCUAUCUAUCUAUCUAUUUAUUGCAGUCUCAUAUCUAUCUAUCUAUCUAUUGCAGUCUCAUAUCUAUCUAUCUAUCUAUCUAUCUAUCUAUCUAUCUAUUGCAGUCUCAUAUCUAUCUAUCUAUCUAUCUAUCUAUCUAUCUACUGCAGUCUCAUUUAUAUCUAUCUGUCUAUCUCUCUAUCUAUUGCAGUCUCAUUCAUAUCUAUCUAUCUAGCUAUCUAUUUAUUGCAGUCUCAUAUCUAUCUAUCUAUCUAUUGCAGUCUCAUAUCUAUCUAUCUAUCUAUCUAUCUAUCUAUCUACUGCAGUCUCAUUCAUAUCUAUCUAUUUCAGUCUCAUUCAUAUCUAUCUAUCUAUCUAUCUAUCUAUCUAUCUAUUGCAGUCUCAUUCAUAUGUAUCUGUCUAUCUCUCUAUCUAUUGCAGUCUCAUUCAUAUCUAUCUAUCUAUCUAUCUAUCUAUUGCAGUCUCAUUCAUAUCUAUCUAUCUAUGUAUUGCAGUCUCAUUCAUAUGUAUAUAUCUAGCUAUCUAUCUAUUUCAGUCUCAUUCAUAUCUAUCUAUCUGUCUAUCUCUCUAUCUAUUGCAGUCUCAUUCAUAUGUAUCUAUCUAGCUAUCUAUCUAUUGCAGUCUCAUAUCUAUCUAUCUAUCUAUCUAUCUAUCUAUCUAUCAGUCUGUUCAUAUCUAUCACUUUCUAUCUUUUUUCUUCCGAUGCAUCAUCCAAACAAAUCGUGA